UUUUCCCCUUCCCUUUCGCCUCCUCCACAGGCUCGCUCUCUCCCGUCCCUUUUCUUCUCCCACAACCUCUCAAACCCCCCCAUCAAAACACUCCAUCCUCCAUCCCCCCUCAUCUCGCCAUUUCUCCCAGACGUCCCCUCGUCUUUCCUUGGUCUUUCCUUUGAAGAUUCUGCGUGCUUCUUCGAGGGAUACUGCAGGCACACUCCCCCGCGUGUGUUCGAUCGAUCAUAAUACUUGGAGGAAGAAAAAUCGAGAGCAUAGCACUCUGUUUUCCUUCCUUUGCAUCGCGUUCUCUCCUGUCGCUUUCGUGCAGACAGGCCUCUAUUUCACUCUCUUCCGAUUUCAGAGGGUGAAUUUUUCUUCAUCAAACGACCGACUUUUCGUCGAAACGGCCAACACGCGCACCUACUCGAUUCUCGAGACCUCAGCUUGACCCGACCCUUUACUGAAACCCAACUGUCUCAACAUGGCGGAUCAACUCAACAUGGGCGGCCUCAACCUCGGCCCCGAGGGCCAGGGCCCUGGCCAGCAGCGAUCGUACAUUCCGCCUCAUAUGCGCAACCGUCCUGGACCUCCUCCUGGCCCCCCCGCUGGCCCUCCUGCCGGUGUUCCCGCCGGCGUUCCCGCCGGCCCUCCCACCGGUCCUCCCAUGAACGGCACUCCCGCUCCCAACGGCGCUCCCAACGGAGCCCCUAACGGACUCGGUAACAGCUCAUGGGCUGCCAACCAGGGCUAUGGUGGCCGCCAAGGCGGUGGCAACUGGAGCAACGGUCCCGACGGACCCCCUCCCCUGCAGGGCGGCAACCGUCGCGGCGGCGGCUGGGGUGGUCGUGGAGGCUACUCUGGCGGCGGCGGCGGCGGCUAUGAGGGCCAUGGCAGCUCUAACCGUGGCUCCGGCGACGGACAGUGGCGCGACGGCAAGCACGUUCCUGGCCCGGCUAACCCCCGUGUCGAGCGCGAGCUCUUCGGCACUCCGGACGACCCCUCCAAGCAACACACCGGCAUCAACUUCGAGAAGUACGAUGAUAUCCCCGUUGAGGCUUCUGGCCACGACGUCCCCGACCCCGUCAACCAGUUCACCACGCCCCCCUUGGAUGAGCACCUUUGCCGCAACAUCGAGCUGGCCCACUACAAGGUCCCCACCCCCGUCCAGAAGUACUCCAUCCCCAUCGUGAUGGGCGGCCGAGACCUCAUGGCCUGUGCCCAGACUGGUUCUGGCAAGACUGGUGGCUUCCUCUUCCCCAUCCUCUCUCAGGCCUUCCUCAACGGUCCUUCUGCUGUCCCGGCCGGCGCUGCUGGCCAGUUCGGUCGCCAGCGCAAGGCCUACCCCACCUCUCUGAUCCUGGCUCCCACUCGUGAGCUGGUUUCUCAGAUCUACGACGAGUCCCGCAAGUUUGCCUACCGCUCUUGGGUUCGCCCUUGCGUCGUCUACGGUGGUGCCGAUAUUGGCUCCCAGCUUCGUCAGAUCGAGCGCGGUUGCGAUCUUCUUGUUGCCACCCCCGGCCGAUUGGUGGACCUCAUAGAGCGAGGCCGCAUCUCCCUGUGCAACAUCAAGUACCUGGUCCUCGACGAGGCUGACCGCAUGCUUGACAUGGGUUUCGAGCCCCAGAUCCGCCGCAUUGUCGAGGGUGAGGACAUGCCCAUGGUCGCCAACCGCCAGACUCUCAUGUUUUCGGCCACCUUCCCCCGCGACAUCCAGAUGCUCGCCCGCGACUUCCUCAAGGACUAUAUCUUCCUUUCCGUGGGCCGCGUUGGCUCGACCUCGGAGAACAUUACGCAGAAGGUUGAGUUUGUCGAGGACAUCGACAAGCGCUCUGUCCUGCUCGACAUCCUCCACUCUCACGCUGGCGGCCUGACGCUCAUCUUCGUCGAGACCAAGCGCAUGGCUGAUUCGCUCUCCGACUUCCUCAUCAACCAGAGCUUCCCUGCCACGUCCAUUCACGGAGAUCGCACACAGCGUGAGCGUGAGCGCGCCCUGGAGUUCUUCCGCAACGGCCGCUGCCCCAUCAUGGUCGCGACUGCCGUUGCCGCCCGUGGUCUUGAUAUCCCCAACGUCACCCACGUCAUCAACUAUGACCUCCCCACCGACAUUGACGACUACGUCCACCGCAUUGGUCGUACUGGUCGUGCAGGCAACACGGGUAUCGCAACCGCCUUCUUCAACCGCGGAAAUCGGGGCGUCGUUCGCGAGCUUAUGGAGCUGCUGAAGGAAGCCAAUCAGGAGGUCCCGCCCUUCCUCGAGGCUAUCGCCCGCGAGUCUUCUUUUGGCGGUGGUGGUGGCCGUGGUGGCCGCUCCCGCGGCGGCGGCGGUCGUGGCGGCAAUGCCAACCGCGAUUUCCGCAAGUUUGGCGGCGGCGGCGGCGGCGGCGGUUUCGGUGGUGGCUUUGGCGGCGCGCCCCAGAGCGCUGGCUAUGGCGGUGGUGGCGGUGGUUUCGGCGGUCCUCAGGGAGGCUCCGGCUACAGCGGCGGCGGCGGUGGCUACGGAGGUGGUGGCUACGGCGGCGGCGGCUACGGCAACCCUGGCGGCGCCGGUGCCCAGUCCUGGUGGUAACUUGCUCUCAACCACUUUUUUGUCGAUGCGAGGCUGCGCUCUUGGGCCACAUCGACGCGCACUUGAGCUGUCGGGGCGUCUCGCGCCUUGACGGCAUUGGUCUCACUUUUUUUUUGGACGCACUCUGCCAUUAUGCUUUUUUUUCUUUCAGUUUUCUUCGGACACACACGGCGGCAUCAUGACCUGCAAAGCCGGACGAGUGCCUUUUGUUAAGGCAGUAACGGUCACGGGGCAUCCACGACGCAUCUGAUAGAUUGCAUUUCUUUUUGAUUUCGGCACUCUCCUCGAUUGAUACCCUUAGACCGAGAUUUGGGGAACUUGACGACCCGGGCAGAACAGUGGUGUUUAUGGAUCUAGGGCCACUCACUAGAUCUGGGAUAGGAGCAUCGCGAUUUCCGCGCUUCUGCCGUCACGUCACAUCAGCAAGGGACUCCCCCCUUAGGGCAUUUUUCUCGCUUUCACGAUAGAGGGUCAUGUUAUCGCCGUGCGACAAUAGACAAAAGUGGAUUUCUCGGUUCUCUGGUCGGAAGUUGCUCAGGGCCUCUCGACGACGGACGGACAUGGACAUGGCGAGAGAGCAUUGAGCAUUGAUUGGGAAAGGAGUGAUCAACCGAUUGGUCCCUUUCCGGUUCAUUCUGAGAGCAAGGGCGAAGCCGCUCGACACAGGUUAUGGAUUUUGAGUUGGACGGCAGGCAUCACACGCUCUCGCUGUUGGAGGGCCAUGAAAGGCUCGGACCUGGUCGGGGGAAAAAGGAAUCGGCCGGGCUACAGCCUGAGAAAGGCAGGACCGCGGACUGCGAAGCUGCUGCGGUGCGGUGCCCGUGGUUAGACAGGACAACCAGAGCGAACUGAGGAGUUCGAAUAAAAAAAGGUUUUGCA